UUGUGCUGUGGGUGAGCAGAGAACAGGUUAGCUGAUCUUCAACUGGAUGGACACCUGCUGAGAAUAUGCUGUUCCCUUGGAAGAUUUCUGUGCUGCUGCUGCUGGCAGCUGGAGGUGGAGCUCAGAGCGGGGACGGUGACUCUGAUCCAGAAGUUGGACUGAGCUGCACUUCUCACAUCAGCACUGUCGACUGCAGUCUGACCUGUUGGCUUACAGUAAGCACCGCCGCUGAAGAUGACGAAGACAUGGAGUGGGACAGCAUUGUGAACAUGACCAUGUGCCAAUCAAGGUGGGAAGUAAUAAAGAAGACGGUGAAAUGUUGGGAGGCACUCAAAGACACGGUCACAGGUCUGCACGCUCUGCCUGAUGUGGAUGUGACUGCCCAGCUGAAGAAAGGAAGCCAGGUUUCAACCACUGUCAACCUGUAUAAGAUUGUUAAACCCAGAAGUCCUCGGGUCUGGAACAUCACUGUGGUACCAGAAUCCAACCAGACGGUCAUUUAUAUCCAGACUCCUUACAAAAAAGAUUACCUGACGCUGGACAACCAGGUCUUCCAGCUUCAUAUCUGGACCAACAGAACCCACAUGAUUCAGAACAUCUCAUCAAAGAACUUUCUCCAGAUUGAUGAGCAGCGCCUCAGCCACGGCUCAGAGUACCACGUGAAGGUCCGAUCCAUCCCUGCCGGGGAUUAUUUGCAGGGAACCUGGAGCGAAUGGAGUGAGAUGGUCAGCUUCUACACACUUCCUGGUGAGACCACCCUUCAAACUAAGAUGGAAGAGUGGCAUAUCUGGUAUAGACCCGCUGUGUGUGUCAUCUGCCUUGUGGUCAUCAUGGCCAGCGGUGUGUUCUUCUUGAAGAACAAAAUUUUCACCUACAUGUGGCCAAGCAUCCCACACCCCAAAAAGACCCUGGUGCAGAUCUGCAAACUAAACAAAGGUCUUUUGCUGAACCUGAACCCUGAGGUGUUUAGUUCUCUGAAAGUCUAUCCGUUGGAGAAAACUGACAGUGAUGAAGUAGAACCUUCUUUCCAUCCUACUGCUCCUGAUGGUUUCCAGUCCAACUCCACCCAGAGCUCACACUGCAGCAGCACCACCAGCAACAGCACCGAGGAACUGGAGAUCUCUGCCCUGUUGAUCAGAAGCUCCUUUGAAGGCAAGGACAGUCUCCUGAGUACCAACCCAUCCCCACUGAACAUCCUGCAGCUGGAGGAUAGACCUCACACACCUCAGCCUGAAGACAGCAGAUCAGUAAACGGGGUGGAGAUUGGAGUCAACCAGCAGGAAGAGGCCUACGUCACCAUGUCCAGCUUCUACCAGAUCAACUGCAGCGUUUUGGGUGGCGGGACAGCGGGACUGACGUGUCUCAGGAUGCCUCUGUUCUUCAGGAAGAGGAAGCCCAACGAUGACUCUCAGAAGAGGUUGGAGUGUCAGCUGUGCCAGUCCAAGGAAGCCGGUGCUGACGACAUCCUGGACAUCUCAGGCUGCCAACUGUCAGAGGUACCGUCAAGCGCCUUUUCCAUCUGUAGAGUUCUCCAGAAAAAGGUUCUGAUACUCCACACCAAUGAGCUGAGGUCUCUGCUGCCCAUAAGAUGUGACAUCAGCUGUCUCUCCACAUUAAAGGUUUUGGACCUUCACGAUAACAAGCUCUCGACUCUCCCGGAGGACAUGGGGAACCUGACGUCCCUGCAGAUUCUGAAUGUGGAGAAGAACCGCCUGAAGGUCCUGCCCGAGUCCAUUGGGAACCUGCAGCUCCUGCAGACGCUCAACCUGAAGGGAAACUGUCUGACUGAGCUGCCAUCUUCAGUGGGGUCUCUGAGCAGCCUGAGGACUCUGGACGUUAGAGACAACAAUGUCCUGCAGCUCCCCAAAGCUCUGGGCUACAUCCACACCUUGGAGAGUUUGACUCUGGAUGCUGCAGCCAUGACGUACCCACCUGCAGCCGUGUGUUCAGAGGGAACCGAGAGCAUCCAGCGCUUCCUGUGCCGCGAGCUGGGGGUGGAGUACUGCCCACCGUCACAAUACCUGCUGCCAGUUCUGGAGAACAACUGUGACAAACAGAACUCUGACUGUGUGGAUGGACUGGAGGAGGCCUGGAAGAAUAAAAUAACUGACUACGAGACGAGAAAGGAGCAGAAGCAGCAGGAGAAGUUGGCCUUUGAGCGCCUCCUGGAGGAGAAGCAGAAGGAGCACACCCGGCUCCUCCUCACGAACAACUCUCACAAGGAGAAUAUCCUGAACUUGGUCCGACAGGAGCAGGAGCGUGUGGACCAGGCCUUCAGCCUGCAGCAGAGAUGUCAGGAGGCCGACAGGCAGCUGGUUCUGGAGAAGGUUCGUCAGGCCGAGGACAACUUCAGCAGCCGGAUCAACAGCUUGUUGAAGGACAACAGCAGGCAGAAGAAGGCUGCAGAGUUCCUCCAGGCCAUGGAGGAGGACCGGAUCCGAAUGGAGCAAUUGACCACCAUCACACAGGAAGAGGCCGACUCUCUGAGGGAGAAGGACGUGGCAGCCGCCAUGCAGAAGAUGCUGUUGGACAACAAUGCCAUGCGCUUUCUUCAGGAGGUCAAAGACUUUCGCAGACAGAAUGUGGUCUCUGAGGCCUGCAGGAGCAUGGAGGCUCUGGACAGGAAGUUUGACAGGAUGAUGUCCCUCCAAGUCUUGGACAAAUCUAAAGCCAUUGCUCAGAUCCUGCAGGAGGACGAGAUGCAGAAAGCAGCAUUUCAGGUUCUGCAGCUGCAGAAAGAUGCCGUGCACGGAUACAUCCGGAACCAGAUCAAAGUCAUAGAGGGAGAACUAAUGCAGGUGACUAAACUGGAGGUUAAAAGACGCAGUCUGGACUCUGAAAACCUGCAGGAGAUUCUGGUGGAGCAGCGCACAGCUCUUAGUGAUUUGUUGCAGCAGCUGCUGAAGCAGAGAGAUCAGAGGGAGCAGGAGCUGCUGCAGGUCCUGGUGGAGAUGGAGAAGAAGUCUGACUCCAACCAGCAGAACUACUGGAUGAUUCAGUACCAGAGAUUGCUGGAUGCCAAACCUCUUUCUCUUCGCAUGCAGGAGGCAGGUGUGGAGGAAGAACUGGUCAACCUUCUGUGCAGACUGUCGGCCCAACACUACCUGCCCGUCCUGGCUCAUUACCACAUUACCACCAAGACGCUUCAGCACAUGACGAUCUCGGACCUCAAGAAGGUGGGCAUUAAUGAGACAGGACUCCAGACGGCUCUUCUGAGCUGGGCUCAGGAACGCCACCCUGCAGCUGGAGCUUGUAAAGCUGUCGAACAGGAGGAAGACGUCCCCAAAGCGCCGUCGUCUUCGUCUCCCCCUCCAUCGUUUCCCAGCACCUCCAUCAUACAAACCCCAAGCCCGACACAGUCCCCCAGGACCCCUGUCACCCCAUCGGCUCCUGUGCCCGUGGACGGACCAGGAAGUUCCGAAUGUGUGGUCUGCAUGGAAACUGAGACCCAGAUCAUCUUCCUGCCGUGCGGUCAUGUCUGCAGCUGUCAGGUUUGCAGCAAUGCUCUGCAGAAAUGUCCGCUGUGCCGCAGCUACAUUACUCAGCGCAUCCGGCUCUAUCUGAACUAGAUCGGACCUGACCGGACCUGACCGGACUCGCUUCCUCCUGUAUUCAUGCAUGACCCUGAAGCUGCUGUGAGCGAACAUUGUAAAUGAAGCUUUGAAGGCUUCAUGUAUUAUUAAAACCCUGU